AUGAACAAUUGCAAAAGAGCAGAUUUGAUUGUUUCCUACACACAUAAGGUGCCACCAAAGGCCAGCACAAGUGCUGCUAGUCAGGGCGUACUAGCCCAGUCCAUGCCUAUGGCCGCCAUGUUUAUGAAAAACAAGUUUCUGGCCUGGUUUGCGCUGCUGACUACUGUUCACUAUAGCCUGACUGCGGAGGCGGACCAAUCGAGCCCUGAUCAAUCUCCAAUUCUCAAACUCCUUUUGUCUGCGGUCUCACUCGCAGUUUGCUACAUGAAUUUGAUCUUUCCUCAACCAACCGCAGCUCCUAUCGGUAAAAAGGCAUAG